AUGAUGGAAGCGUGGACCCAUAAAACCCCCAACGAAACCCUCAAUGCUCACAUUGAGCUGGAGGCAUGGGUAACCCAACACGGCGGCCGACUCGAUGACACUGUCCAGUUCGCGCAUGAUGCGCAGCGCGGUGUACAUCUGCAAGUCAAGCCAUCCACCACCGGCACAACAGCAGUAGCAGCAGCUACAAAAGGGACAUGCGUCAUGAAAAUUCCCAUAGAACUAACAAUGUCUUACUUUAACGCAAUAAAUUACCAACCCCUUUCCUCAAGCACCACUCCUCAAAAAGAACAGAGCGCAAAAACAUUCUCAUCCCACGGCCUCCACCUCCCCCAAAAACUGAUAGAAGCAAUCGGCCCCGAAGAAACGACCGCUUUCUUUCUAAUGGGGCAAUAUCUCCUUCAAGAAAAAGGGUUUUGGUUUCCGUAUAUCAAGUCUUUGCCAAGAAAGGAGGAUUUGACGACGCCGUUGUUUUUUGGGGAGGAAGAGGAUCUGGAGUGGUUGGGGACGACGAGUCUGGCGGCUGAGAGGGAGAGGAGGUUGAGGAUUUGGAGGGGGAAUUAUGAGCAUGGGGUUCGGGUUAUGAAGGAUAUUGGGUUUGAGGGGGUGGAGUUAUAUACUUGGGAUUUGUAUCUAUGGGCGUCAACGAUAAUAACCUCGCGCGCCUUCACGGCCAAGGUCCUUGCAAGCGUGAUCCCAACACUUCAACAGGAGGCUGAAGCAGAUCGAGUGUCUGUUCUGUUGCCCUUGAUUGACGCUACGAACCACAGGCCACUGGCCAAAGUUGAAUGGAGGGCUGGGACUGAUAGUAUUGGUCUUGUAGUCAUGAGCGAUGUCGGUGCUGGGGAGGAGGUGGGAAAUAAUUAUGGGCCGCGGAACAAUGAGCAAUUGAUGAUGAAUUACGGCUUUUGCAUACCAGACAAUCCAUGCGAAUACCGCGUCGUAAGUCUCAGAGCACCGCCAGACAGUCCCCUGGCUCAAAUCAAGGCCCAAUAUGAGCAACAUUUCCCCAAGUCCGGCAGCAACAACAGCAAAGAUUCAGAAGAAGAUAAAUACUACGUUUUCUCCCUACCCUACCCACUCAUCGACCGAUCUCAACCACUGGAAUAUUCAAUGUUCUCCCCAGAUUUGUUGCAUGCAUUAUCAGUCAUCGUCGCCAACGACCGCGAAUUAGAGACCGUAACCAUCGACGAGGAUGGCUUCAAAAUUUCGCGCAAUCAGUACGCGCAUUCGAGGAAUUUGAUUGCGUCGCUCAAUCAGAUUGUCGUUGAGUUGUUGUCUUAUAUUCGGAGACUUGAAGUGUCGGGGAGGAGAUUGGGGGAGCCUAGGAAUUUGAAGCAGGUUUUUGCAAAACAGUUCCGGGAGAGUCACGUCGGUCUUUCGAGGACGGCUGUUUUUGUUGCUAAUUGGACGCUAAUGAGGUCGAGAGGGGCUAUGGAGAGGGGAAGAGAAGAGGUUCUUGACGAGUUGUUAUCUCGCAUUCCCUCGCAGGUGUUUGAUGAUGAGAAGAAGGGAAAGAUCAAGGAAAGGAUUCUGAGUAGAAAUAGUUUACUUUCGGAUAAUCAGUCCGGAGAACUUUUUCGAUUCGAGGAUUUAUUCCAGCUUCUACCCUCAGCUUUUCAGACUAUUUUCCGGCAGUGUCUCGAGGAUCUGGCUACGAGAACCAAGCAAGCAAUUGCCAUUGACGAUGGCACGGGAUCUGUAUCUGGGACAGAAAGUGGUCCACACGCAUUAUUCGCCUAUGCAAGCUUCAUCAAUCUCGUCAUUGCAGUCCACAGACAUAACCCAUCACACCUCCCCUCUCGUCUGCGAACAUGGUCCCAGUUUUUGCUGAACACAUAUCCCGCUCCACCAAACGACGUAGCAUGGACACUCCCCGAUGAAACCGACGAGACUAUCCUCUCUGCAUUUGACUCAUUCAUUAACGAUCAUCUCCCAGGUGAAGUUUUAGCAGCUUUCACGCCCUGGGUAGGCACGCCGGUCCCGGACCAGGGCGAAAGGGAUGUUAGUGACUGGUGGCUUUCGCCGAAUUGGUUGCGCUGGGCGUGCGAUCUCACAGGCUCACACCUUCUCUCCGCCCGCUCAGCGAUUCCUUCCAUUAACCUGCUCCCCGCGCCAUUGAGCGUCCAGAUCAAAAUGAUGUCUCGAGCAGCGGUCCCUUCGACCUCUACACUCGCCCACAUCUCCCACCGGGCCGCCGCCCUACCCUCGUCUGCCGCUGCCCGCUUGUCGACAGCAACCCGAUCUUUCGCCACCGUUCAAGAUGGAGCUGCCCCGAAGAAGACAUACGGCGGAUUGAAGGACCAGGACCGUAUUUUCACGAAUCUGUACGGUCACCAUGGUACUGACCUCAAAUCGGCGAUGAAGUAUGGCGAUUGGCACAAGACCAAGGAGAUGAUUCUCAAGGGUCAUGAUUGGCUUAUCUCUGAAAUUAAGGCUUCUGGUCUUCGUGGUCGUGGUGGUGCCGGAUUUCCUUCGGGACUUAAAUAUUCAUUCAUGAACUUCAAAGAUUGGGACAAAGACUCCCGACCACGAUACCUCGUCGUCAACGCUGACGAGGGCGAACCCGGAACCUGCAAAGAUCGUGAAAUUAUGCGCAAAGACCCCCAGAAACUUAUAGAGGGAUGCUUGGUUGUCGGUCGUGCCAUGAACGCUACGGCCGCCUACAUCUAUAUCCGUGGUGAAUUCUACCAUGAAGCUACCACUCUUCAGCGCGCGAUUCAAGAAGCAUACCAGGCCGGUUUGAUUGGCAAGAACGCUUGUGGAUCUGGCUACGACUUUGAUGUCUACCUCCACCGUGGAGCCGGUGCCUACGUCUGCGGUGAGGAAACCUCGCUCAUUGAGUCUCUUGAAGGCAAGGCUGGUAAGCCUCGUCUCAAGCCACCUUUCCCUGCUGCUGUGGGUCUUUUCGGCUGCCCCAGUACUGUCACCAACGUCGAGACCGUCGCUGUUGUUCCUACUAUUGUGCGUCGCGGUGGCAGCUGGUUUGCUGGUUUCGGUCGUGAGCGCAACCAGGGUACCAAGCUUUUCUGUAUUUCGGGCCACGUCAAUAACCCUUGCACCGUUGAGGAAGAGAUGUCCAUCCCUCUCCGUGAAUUGAUUGAUCGUCACUGUGGUGGUGUCCGUGGUGGCUGGGACAACCUCUUGGCUGUAAUCCCCGGUGGUUCAUCCACACCUAUCUUGCCCAAGAACAUCUGCGACKACCAAUUGAUGGACUUUGACGCCCUCAAGGACUCCCAGAGUGGUCUCGGAACCGCCGCCGUCAUUGUCAUGGACAAGUCUACGGAUGUCGUCCGCGCCAUCUCCCGUCUGUCUCACUUUUACCGUCAUGAAUCUUGCGGACAAUGCACACCCUGCCGUGAAGGUAGCAAAUGGACACAACAAAUCAUGCACCGAAUGGAACACGGUCAAGCCCGCGAGCGUGAAAUCGACAUGCUCCAGGAAUUGACCAAGCAGGUCGAGGGCCAUACUAUCUGCGCUUUGGGUGAGGCCUUUGCCUGGCCUAUCCAGGGUUUGAUCCGCCACUUCCGUCCCGAGCUCGAGGCUCGCAUCAAGAAGUAUGAGCAGGAAAAUGGCAAGCAGCCUUUCGCUGGCGGUUGGGCUCCAGGCACCAGGGAUGAGGGCAAGCUUAUCGCGCCGGGUCAAUAA